GAAGCUGGCGAGUGAGGUUGAAGGGCUCCGUAAAGAAGUGGUGAAGCUACAGGCAGAUAAGGUGAAUUCUGACGAGAGGGCAGAGGACGAGGUGACAAAGAGCAGAGAGGUCAUAAGCCUACUAGUGAAGCAUCUAAGUGGAUUUCUAACCAAUCCUGCUGGACAG